UCCGUUCCGUUCCGCGUUCAGAAAUCGCCUGCAAAUAAUGGUGGGAAACUUUUAACUGUUUUGAACCGUUGCGACCUUUUCCGUGCGUGAUAAGAGCCAAGUUAAGUUAUUUUCCUACUCCCGACGUCGUUCUCGGAGGAAACAUAAACUUUCCCGGCCUACAAACCGUAGAAAACUGCAGCGUGCAAACAAAACAACGGGGCUAAAAACCGCGAAAAGGAUUCUACAUCCUUUACUACGCUGCGGCCGUGAUCCGGCUGUCUCGAAAGUCGGCAGGAUCGCCUGCAACGGAUUACGGGAACAAACGGAUCCACAUCCGGAACAUCCGUAUCCGUGCAGAACAGAAAUAAAGGGACUUAGAAAACCCCCCACAAAGCAAUAGUGAGACACAGAAUAUCGGGACAUGUGGCCUUAGCAGGCGGUCCCUGGCAUACAUCCUCAGAGUAGUUGCGAAGGGCCAGGAAACUGGAUCCAAAGGCCGUGCUGGAGUAAACCCCCUCACUGAAUAAGAAGGAGAAAGUGACCAUGGCGGAAAAGUGGAUCGGAAAAUCGGUGUCGAUACACUGCCGCAAUGAUAUCGGCAUCUUCCAGGGCAUCAUUAAACGCGUCACACCGACCGAUGUGGUCAUCACGAAGGCGGUGCGGAACGGGAUCCCGCUGAAGAAGAGCACCGUGGAGGUGACGCUAAGCGCGCGUGAUAUCGCCAAGUUCGAGCUGAUCGCGUGCAGCAACGUUCCGAGUAUUCCGACGAAAUAUACCGGCCCCUCGGCCGCAGAAAGUACACUCGAGGAGCAGUUUGACGAACUGAGCUUCAAAUCCAACACCCGCAAAGAGAGUACUCAAUCCCAGCAACAGCAACAGCUGCAGCAACCGCAACAAGAUACCGCGACAACCAGCAGGACCACCAUCAAGGCUUCUUCAUCCUCCGUCACAGUAGCUGCCGUCUCCUAUGGAGGUAAUGGAGUCAGCACCAACAACAACAGCAGUAACAGUACCACCACGAAUACCAGCAAGGUCAGCAAACAUGCAUCUAACAACGGGGGAAAGUUAGGUGGUCGCAGUCGGAAGAAUCUUGCCAAAGAGAGCACGUUCGGCUCACCGGACGAUGAUCCGAUCGUGAUGGAUAAGGAUUUCGAUUUCGAGAAAAACCUAGCUCUCUUCGAUAAGCAGGCGAUCUGGAGCGAGAUCGAUGCGAACCAGUCGAAAGCGGCGGCAGAGGCUGGUGGUGGUAGUGGUGCAGCAAGUGGUAGCUCCAAGCGUCCCCAGGCUCCGAGCUCCGCCAGCAAAACCAAGUACCGGCACGAUGAGAACGUGCUUGCCUCGGUACCGGCGCAGUAUAGACGAAUCGAGUACCUUAAAAAGGCACCCAUAGUCGAGAAAACGACGCGAGAGUACUUAACGGACGAGGGACUGGUGAUUCCUUCCAUUCCUCCAGUUCUGUUGUGUUACAUCGGGUUCCAGGCCGUGGUAUACGGGUACGAUCGCCACCGGCAGAAUGAUUUCCUUGCUCGCGGUGCCACAGAGUUGGCGCUGCAGCUGCUCGGUGGGUCGAGGAGGCUAACACCGAACAACCAGCACCAGUGGCCCAAAAUUGUCAUCAUUAUCGAUGAAGCCAAGCAUGGUACCUAUCUCAGCGUAGACAAUUUGCUGAAGGACUUUAUCGGAGAGGAUGUGUUUGAUAAGCCACCGCCUGGUGCACCGUUCAGACCCUAUUUCGAAAGGUAUCCCGAGGAGGAACGGCUCAGUGAUGUUGGCUUCUGUACGGCCCGGUUGCUCGCUAGCCACGGGCUGGAAACGAUGGUUUGCUACUUGACGCAUGACAUGGGCAACACGAAGGAAACAAUCGAUCGAAGAUUGUACCGUUUGACCGGCAAUGGAUUCACCUCCGAUGUAGAAUCUCUACCGUCAUGUGAUCUCGUCAUUAUGGCUUCCACCAACGGGAAACCCAGUCCAGCGUUACGCAAAUUCGUCAGCGAUAGCAGAGCCCCGGUUCUUGCCAUAAAUCCGCCACAAGACGGGUUCGAAGGUAUCCCGAUCAAGUGUUCCAUCGUACCGAUUCUCCCUUUGAGCGGAACACGCGAAGACGCUGUUGGACGGCUGUACCUGUGCAACAUCGGCAUCCCGAACAAAGUGUUUGAAGAUUGCAGCUUUCGAUAUGCGAGCCCAUUCGACAAGUUUGUCAUUCCCAUCCACCGGCGAAAGGACGAUUAGGGUACAUCGGAGCGAGGUCCAAUUUUAUCAUUUUAACCAUUCCCCGCCCACCACAAUCCUUUCGACCAUCGGUCCCGAACGCUGCCUACUAUUGCUGGUGCACAUGACGUGAUUUUAAUCGAAACUUAACUCUAUCCAUCGCAGUAGCAACGGGACGCACCGUCCCGGUGGGAGGGGAAGACUCAGAUUCAAUGUUCAGGUAUUCUCUUUUUUUAUCAAAUAAAAACAAAACACAAUAGAUUAAAAGGCGGCAAGAAAGUAUGGGAAUAAAUUAAAAAGAAACGCAAAAAGU